AUGACGACAACUGUUACUAUGAAUUCUAUACCAAUCAAAUAUUCAACUAGAUUCCAUCAUUCUAAUCAAACUAAAGAACAAAUGUAUGGUGUACCUGUUAAAUUUGCAGAUGAUUUAUUCAGUAGUCUAAUAAAAGAUCAAAUAAAUGAAUAUAUAAAUUUACCACAAAUAAAAGAACUUAAAUAUACAGAUGAAAAUGCUAUUCGAAUAAUAACUUCUGAAAUAACAGAUCUAUUAAAACAAAUUGUCUAUAAACAUAUUAAAGAUAAUUAUAAAGUAAUUAUUCAAGUUAUAACUUAUCCAAAAAAAAUUGAAAAAAAUAUUUUUAUUAUGAAUCAAUGUUUAUGGAAUCAUAGAACAGAUGAUGUACUUUCACUUGAAAUUGAAACUGAUCUAUUAAAAUUUUUUAUUGUUAUUCAUGGUGUUGUUGCAUAA